AUCACGGAUAGGCGGAUGUGCUUCAACCGUAAAUGAAAAGAGCACACUAAAUAACUGUGCACCAGACAGAGACCGGCUCUGCAAGAAAGGUGUUCAACUGGAUCCAGAUCUGGUGACUGUGGAGGCCAUUAAAGUACACGGAAACCAGUCUGAGCUCGAUUGAUAAUUGCAGCAGCAAUGGAUCGACUGAGGUCUGCGUUUAACAACAUGAUUAAAAGCGAGCAGUACAGCCGCUUCACCCUGCAGCCGGCGGAGGACGGAGAAAGGCACGUUGAGGUCAAACUGUCCGACGACGCCACAGAUGACACCACGGAGGUCGAGGGCCAGGCGGGAGGCUCCCCGAGCUUCAGGCCAGUUCCUCUGCGUCAGGACCGGCGUAACAUUUGCUACCUGGCCCUGGGAGCCCUGCUGAUAUUUGUUACUGGUUACAUGGUUGGUUUCAUCAGCCACCGUAAACCUCGAGUGGAGCCUCCAGUGAACCAGGAACCUGAGAUCGAGACGCCGCCGCCUGCUUCCGCACCAGCUCCAGACCCUCAGCUGGACUGGCAGGACCUUACCCAGCUCCUCACUCAGAAACUCACCAGCGAGGCCUUUGAUAAGACUCUGAGGGACUUUGAUCGGCCCAGCCGUUCCGCAGGAAGUGCAGAUGAUAUGCAUCUGGCAAACCUCAUCUUUGAUGAUUUCAAGAAACUGGAAAUGGAUCCAUGGACUGAUAUUCACUUUGCUCAGCUGCAGAUGCCAAACAGCACGAAGCCAAACCGUGUCCUUUUUGAGUCGAAUGUCUUCGAGCCCACAGGGUAUCUGGCCUACAGUGCUACUGGGGAAGUUCAGGGCAAGCUGGUGUAUGGCAACUAUGGUCGUCAGGAGGAUCUGGACGUUCUGCAGAAGAAGAGCGUUGAGCUGAAAGGCAGCGUGCUGCUGCUCCGAUGUGGAAAGAUCACUUUUGCAGAGAUGGUGGAUAAUGCUGCGACAAAGGGGGCCGCUGCUGUUCUAAUCUACCCUGACAUUCAGGAUUACAAGUAUCUAGCAGACACAGCACUGUAUGGACAUGUCCAUCUAGGUUCAGGCGACCCUUACACGCCGGGAUUCCCCUCCUUCAACCACACCCAGUUCCCCCCAACUCAGUCGUCUGGUCUCCCCAAAAUCCCAGCCCAGACCAUCACCGCCAACAUGGCCUCUACUCUCCUGAAGUCAAUCGACGGUCCUGAAUCAGACAUGAGCAGCGGUUUUAAAGGCGGCUUCACCUCGGUGUCUUACAGACUGGGAGGCAGCAAGAACAUCACUGUGGAGGUGAACAACGUGCUGGUCAACAGGGAGCUCCACAAUGUGUUUGGAGUCAUCAAAGGAUUCGCCGAUCCUGAUCGUUAUGUGGUCCUGGGAGCUCAGAGAGACGCCUGGGGUAAAGGUUACACCAGAGCUGCUGUUGGCACCUCCAUACUGAUGGAACUGGCCAAGACUUUUCACAAUAUGGUGGAGAACGAUGGAUUCAGGCCGAGGAGAAGCAUUGUGUUUGCAAGUUGGUGUGCUGGAGAGUUUGGAAAUGUUGGCGCCACCGAGUGGUUGGAGGCUUAUAUGUCGUCUAUUGACAGAAGUGUUUUCACCUACAUAAACCUGGACGGAGCAGUUAUGGGUCGAGGAAGCUUCAUGGCCUCAGCCAGUCCGCUGCUCUACAGCCUCAUCGAGCGCACGAUGAAAGAGGUGAGGAAUCCGGUCGGUGCUGGCACUGUGUACGACAUGGUGGGAAAGAGUAACUGGCGGGCCAAUGUACUGAAGCCAAUUAAGAUGGACGACCCCGCCUAUCCCUUCCUGGCCUCCUCUGGAAUUCCCUCCAUCUCUUUCCACUUCAUCUCCCCCAAUACCGAGUGCUACCCUUACUACGGCACCAGCCUGGACAACAUGGAUCACCUCGAUUACCAAACCAACCAUCGCACCGGAGAAAUGACGGCGCUGGCGGCGCAGUUUGCCGGGCAGAUGGCUCUGCGACUGGUCCACGACCACCUGCUCUUUCUGGACGUGAGCCGCUACAGCAACGUCAUCAUCCAGGCCGUGUCCAAGGUCAACAAACGCAUCAACCAGCUCUCUAAGUCUGGUGAUCUGAAGGGCGUGAGUCCCAACUGGCUGAACCGAGCAGGAAACGCCUUCCGCCGAGCCGCUCAGAACAUCAACACCUUCAUCGACAACACCGACUGCAAUGACAAGGAGGCCUGUCGCAUCCUCAACGACAGGAUCAUGAGGGUUGAGCACUCCCUCCUCUCUCCGUACGUGUCCCCCAUUGAGGCUCCUUUCCGCCACCUCCUGCUGGGCCGGGGCUCCCACACGUUGGCGUCCAUCGCCGAGACCGCCGACAUGGAGCAGCUCCACACCCAGCUGGCCCUGGCCACCUGGACCCUGCAGGGGUCUGCCAACGCCUUGACGGGAGACAUCUGGGACAUCGACAAUGAAAUCUAAAAAAGAAAGAAAAAAGAAAAGAUGCAAGUGUGGGUGUGACGUGUGUGUGUGUGUGUGUGUGUGUGUGUGUGUUGUCGAAACGAAGUUUUGAGGUUAUGUAGGAGCUCCAGUAUCGGCACUUAAGCACAAGCUGUCAAUGAAACGUCUCGACCCUUUAAAUACAGGCGUAUAUUCAAGUUUUAUUUGUGGGGGAACAGAAACUCUGUCCCACAAAGAUCCAGAAGGAGAUAGAAAAGUAAAAAAAAAAAAAAAAAAAAAAAAAAAAUUAACCAGCAACAAAUACUUGAAGAAAUGAAAUGUUUCUGACAAAUCGCCUCCUCCUGGCUCCACCCUAACACAUCGCACCUGUCCGAGCUUUUUGCUGUGACCUCUUGCCAUCAAAACACUGAGAGACCUUAUUUAUACUUAAGUUUUUUUUUUUUUUUUUUAUCAGUGGCAAUGCCCACUAUAAAGCUAUUGUUUGUCUUUUUAUACGACGUUAUCGGAAGCAGUGCCUUCCAUAAUUAUGACGGUUAUACUGUCUGAUCCUACAGCAGCAUCUGCUACACAAACGACUCCUCAACUGUUGCUGACAAAAUGGAGCCCCUGGUAAAGUUAGAUUUAUUUUUUCUUUUUCUUUUCUGGCCUUUAUUUCUUCCUUGCAGGUGCUGAGUGAUUACAGUUGGGGAUCAAAAUAGUAAUUUUGUUUUUAAAUUACUUCUUGGGACACAUCUGUGGUGCUUCACUCAGUCAUCAGAACAGGUGGUAAAACGUAAAGAGGGAGAAAUAAAGGGCAGAAAGAGGUUGUUUUUUUUUUUUUUUUUUUUUUUGAUUUAGCGUCAGAUACUAUUUUGAUUUGUUUAAACCAGGAGCAAAAAAAACAAAAAUGGUUACAAUACAUUUUUAUUUAUAUAUCGCAAACCCAGAGAUAAGUUAAGUGUUUAACUUGCAGGAUAAAUGCUAAAUUUAAAUAUAAAAAAUAAGCCAUUGAAAAUCUGACAAUGAUGUUAAAGGUAACACCCCCUCCUCCCCUCUUUUUAGUGAAAUGAACAACUGAGCUGAUCGGUUACAUCAUUUGCAAGAAAAGCCAUUUAUGUUGCACAGUCUACUUUGGAGCACUUAAUAAGGUGAUAAAGUUAUCGGGAGCAGUGCCUUCCAUAAUUAAAACACAUUAUCGGAAGCAGUGUCUUCCAUAAUGACAAACAGUGAUGGUAGUUUUUGCCUACCUGUGUGUGUGUGUGUGUGUGUGUGUGUGUGUGUGUGUGUGUGUUUUACAGUGCAUGUGUAUUUAUCGGGAGCAGUGUCUCUCAUAUUUCACUUGAAGGGUGGAACAACUUAUCGGGGACAGUGUUUCCCAGAGUUUUAUACUUGACAUAUUUAUUUGUUUUGUCUUUAUUUCUGGAUUGUGUGUAUGUGUGUGUGUGUGUGUGUGUGUGUGUGUGUGCGCGUGUGUUUGUGUGUCAGUCCUCCUGACCUCCAGAGUGCGUUUCUUCUGAGUUUUUUUUUUUUCUUGUUUUUGCUUGUGCUUAUAUUUGUGAUCCAUACUACAGUCUUAACACAACAGAAUCUGAUCAGCCCCUUUCCCGCAGGAUUAACAUCACAGAGAGAGCUGGAAAUAUUCACUGUGCUCACUGUGUAAUGUCACUCAUUGUUCCUGAUGGCAGUUUAACCAACUGAAAAUAAAAAAUAUGGUCUGUAAUAGACAUGAACAUACAGCAGGACAAAUACAAAAGCCUCCACAGGGGGGCGCGGAAGAGCUGAAGGGGAGGCAAAGAUACUCUGUAAAUCAAAAAUCAUUCUCCUUGUGAUUUUAACACACAUUGACAUCGUUCAGUGUGACCUCCAGUGUGCAUCACCAAUAAAUGAUCCAUGAAUGCUCUCGCAGCAUCAUAGAGGAAAGACGACUCAGAACUUGCUUGAAAAUCAUCACAUUUAAAAAACAUUUUUUAUUAAGUAUCAGUCAUCCAGUGAGUAGCUGUCUGUGCAUUCGCUGGUACAUUUCAAACAGGAACAUCUAAUGGUUGAUUUGGCAUUCUUCUUUAACAGCACCAGUUUUCUAAAACCCAAAACAAUAUAAAACGGGGCUCAAAAGAGAAAAGCAGGACCUACUACACCAGGCCCUUCUCUCAGCUUGUUUGUUUUGUUUAUAUUAAGUCAUUGGUUUCCAAAUAGGCCUGUAUGUUGGUGUUGGCAUGUUUCCGAUCAUCAGAUUACCAGAAAACAUCUUUGAUUUGGUCCAUUUUUAAGACAAAUUUCACAUCACUUGACAUCAGAUGCACUCCAGAUGGGGCUUUAGAUUUCUGUUCUGUUUCGCAGUCAAGCAGCUCAAUACACAAACACACAGAAAAAUAUUUACAUGUAGGGUGCACAUUAUGGUUUAACCUGACACGUCAACCUAGUUACUUUCAAACCUACUUUGUGUUUCUUCGGAUGAAUGACCACAGAUGCUGUUCUACAUUAUGAAUUCACUCUAAAGUCACGACUCUCUCUGCAUGUGUUUCAGUGCCAUAUUUCCACUUAACUGCAUGUUACUUGUGUUGUUUUACUGAGGUGUAGCUCAACAGACCUGGACCAUGUUACAAACAUUUUAAAUCUUCAAAUUAAGGUUCAACCAAUAUGUUUUCGUUUUCACAGAUACAAAACAAUGUUCUUGCAUCUUAAAAGUUUAGAUAAUGUGUGUUUUUCCCCCCCAGAAUUGUAUUGUCAGGCCUCUCAAAAGGCUUUAACAGGAACAUAACAGCAUAAAUUAAACAUAAAACCUAUAACUGAUAUUCAAAAAAGGUCGAUGUUACCACAGGUUUAACUUCAGCAAGGAACCUGGUAUCUGUCAUCAAACACAUUGAAACACGAACUACAUUUAAAAGCUGCUUUAUUUUUAAAAUGGUCAUGUUUCAUUAGUCGUUGCCCCGUGUCGGUUCUAUUGAGCUUGUUUGUCUCACUUUCCUGAGUCUGUUACUGAAGUUUAAAAAAACAUUUCUGAAUCCUGAGUUGGAAAUAGGGAACCUAGAAAAAUGGAUUUCCCACGCACUGUGUUGCUAAAACUGUAACUAGCGUAUCAAAAGCUGUUCAGUGUGAUUUCUGUACUUUAGAAGUUUUUUUGAAAUAAUGUUUCUGUGGUUUUCAUGUUUGGCAGAAAAGAGUAAUAAAUCCUCUGGCUUAGCAUCCA